GAGUCCGUUCCCCCUUGGCCAGUCGCCUCUUGUGACGGGCUCGCUUCGCUACAGGCGUCUGCGGGUUCACUCGAACAACAGCUAUAUACAUUUUAAUCAAUAACAAGAUAAGGUGUUGGCCCGCUAUCACUGUGUGUUUUCAGUUGCACGUAAUCGUCGGUCCAGUCAAAUGUGCCGGUCUCUUCGCGCCGGCACAACUGUCGUCGUCGGUCUCUGAUCGCAGUGAUGUCCAACGUUAGGAAGACAAAAUUCAUCACAGUCAACGACUACACCUAAACGCCCGUCCAUGGUGGUUGUAGUUUGACGACGGCUACAGAAAAAUUGUCAUCAUGAUUAUGUUACCAACGGUGAAAGAGGAAACCGACGAGAAGAUGAUGGCGUACGGCGAUGUUUACCAGCCACACGUCAACGUGAACAGCAUUCCUUCACAACCGACAGUAAUCUCGGCAUCGCCCUCUUUUCCGGGCAGUCCCAUCGCAUCCAAGAAACAAACGCUCAAGACAUACGGUGAGGUACAAAGUCUUCUCAUGGCCGGAUACCAAAAAGAUGUGAAAAAAAUACUGCGUGAUAACUGCUGGCCGUCCAAUCAUCCCAUCAGAACUCAGCUGUGGCCGGCCCUGUGCAGGCAACACGCAUCAGACAACAGCAACAACAUGCAAGAAGGGUUCUACUGGGAUCUGGUUGCACAGUUGUUUGGAUCUACCGAUCUUCCAGAUAAGCCAAGUAUCUUGCCUCCAUUCGUUGAUUCCAAACAUCGACAUUUGUAUCACCUCGACUCGACAGGCAAACAUAUUACCGACAGAGUUAUAUGCGUGCUGGGAUUCGCUUGUCCGGACAUUACUUAUAGCCCUGCGAUAUACUCACUGACAUCGUUGUUGCUACAUUUCAUGCCAGAAGAAGAAUGUUACAACAGUUUAACUAGUCUAGUGUCGUCUAAAAAGUUGGUAUUCGUAACUCAAACAAAAUUAUUGUACGAAGUCACUUGGAGAACAGUUAUGCAUAUUUGUAGAAAACACGUGAAAUCCGCAGCCGGUCAUAUUGGAAAGCAUUGUCCAAUCAAAAAGUCAGAAAAGAUGUACAUGGAUUGGAUAUGGUGGAUAUUCCAAGGACUUCCAUUUCAUCACGCGGUCCGAGUCAUGGAUUGCUAUCUUCACGAGGGCGUCAAAGUCUUAUACCGUGUGUCCAUGGCGAUACUACAGCUUUUUUACAAGUACACAUCGGCAAGCAAUUCAAUUUGGGCCGAAGAAAUAAUCAGCCACGGCGUGGACGUAGCGUUGAUUAACUUCUGCCGACAGAUGCCAGCAAAUCCACAAAAAGUGCUUAAAACUGCAUUUAAAAUACGUGGUCUCAGUUCGACGUACAUACACCGAGUGUUUGUGAAAACUGAAAUGACGUUAAAGAGUAAGACUGUUUUGUCCGGUUCCAAGCAAUUAAAUCGUUCCUGUUCAAGUGAAAAUUUACCUACUAGUCAAUCUCAAAUUAACAUUCAAAUGGCGUCACACACGCUUACAAUACGUGAGGGACAGCAAUCGCCAAGCCCUCGGGCUUCCACGAUGGCAAGUUAUCCGAUUAACAAUAUACGAUCGUUGAUAGCUAACCAUCACGAUCUUUUUACACUUUGGUCUUGGUUGCCGGUGAGGAUAACGAUGUACCAACCAAUACUUCUCUACACCACAGAAGAACACGGAUGCAGCUUAACAACGUUUUAUGUUAGAGUCGAACAACACGAACCCACGCUAAUGUUGAUAAAAACUUGCAACAAUGAAGUGUUUGGUGCUUAUUGUUCUUCCAAAUGGUUGGAGAGAAACAAAAAGGACGACCGUGGCAACCGAACGACGUACUUUGGUACCGGUGAGACGUUUUUGUUCAGUCUCUAUCCCGGCAAAGCCAAAUAUCCGUGGGUCGGAAUGGAAGUGGACAGCGUACAUCACGCCAACGAACUGUUUAUGGCAGCCGAUCAAAAAAUGAUUACCAUCGGUGGCGGUGACGGUCAAGCGAUUUGGAUGGACGAAAAUGUAAGAUACGGAAAAACGGAGAGUUGUUCUACUUUUAAUAAUCCGCCUUUGUGCAAGAGUCGUGACUUUGAAAUAAAAGUCUUAGAAGUCUAUGGCUUUGACGGAGUGAUUCUUUAAAAUGACAUUUAUCCAAUUGGGCAAAUUUACUAGUCACGUUUAUUUCUCUCUAUUUUUUUUAGUUAUGUUUUUGUUUUUUUUUUUUUACUUUUUCUAUUGUUCUUUACCUAGAUGUUAACCGUAUGUCCAUUUUUAUUUUUAUUGUUAAGUGAUGUCCACGGCAAUGUCGUGUGAUGAUACAUUUUUUGUUCCUGGCUUUUGCCAAUAGGUACUUAAUUUAGUGAAGUAACAAUGUAUAUAUAUAUAAUAUUAUUAUAUAAUUAUGAAAAACUGUUAGUCCAUAUACUUAUAUAUACAUACGGUCUGUCUCAGGAAUACAACGCCCGUCUAGUGUGUGUAAGUCCAGUUGAGAUGUUUUAGACUAAACCUAAUAACGUACAAUGACUGACAUAACGCGUUGCCUUAAACCGUACAAAAAAUACAAGUUUUCGUAACUUCAGAAUAUAUCUGUGACAAAUGAGCUGUCCAUAUGCUUCCGAAUCUUUGGCCAGUUUUUGUUUUUAAUCCAAAACAUACUAUCGGGAUGGUUUUCCGGUAAAUAAUAAUUACUUUCCCAUUUGUACUCCGACUAGUGGCCAAAGUGUGUUUAAAAGCAAUUUUUUUUAUCGUAAUAAUAUUGUUUCCUUUUAGCCAGUCUUACUUUUUUCUUAACAAUGUGUCGCCGACCUAUUAUCGUACAUUUUUAAACGUUAUCAAGAAAUACUGUUUGUCGUUCCUAAAAAAAAAGUAUAUAUAUAAUUAUAUGCAUUCACACAAUUAUAGCAAUAUCAAUGGCCUGAGUCUGAUACAGACCGUGUAUGUUAUUAUUUUAAUUAAUUAAUUAUAAAAAAAAAAACAUUUAAUCGUGUUAAUCUAAUAAUACUAUUACUAUUUGAUGUUAACGUUUAUUAUUAUAUGUACGUACAUUGUUGUAGAGAAUUUAAUAGAUAUUUAGAUUAAAGUCAACAACAGUUGGAUAAUUUUUUUUUUUUUUGAAAUUUUAGAAUACAAUUUCUGGAAAAUAGUUGAAUAAUUAUUGAAUUAAUGUAUACAUUAUGUGUAAAUCAUACUACUUAUGUACGUUUUCGACUGACCUGUUAAAAAAAAAAAAACUAUGAAUAAUU